GUCCAGUAUCUAGGCGGGACAAAUGGCCAGACUGAUCAAAUAAACUUUUUUUUACUCACUAGGAAGCGGCCGCAUACAACUUUUCCUCAGCUAUGCACCAAAAGCUGUUUGUUUUCUCUCUUGUAUUCAUUUUCGGUUCUUUUAAUUACUAAAAGUUCAUUUGCAGAAGUGUUCCUGUGAUCUAAUAGACCUGGUACUGUAUACGUGUAAUACUCACCUGUACAGUGUUCCUACGGAUUUAUGGACUCGACUGUGAUCGAUUAGUAUGUGAAAGGGGUGCAUCUGUCUUUUUGGGUGGAAAAUGUCCAGCACAUUGCCGGAAGGUCAAAGGCUAAUCAGAAAACCUUUAAGAAGUCCAUUCAAGGAAAGAUCAGAAAAUGACAUGGGGCAUGUUUUUGUGGAGCCACAGACGCCACUAAAAAGCAAGGCUUCAGAUGCUGCGUUACUGGAGAGCCAUAAGAGCAUGGGACCCCUGACAACGCCUACUAAGGCCCUCGAGGCGCCAUCGAGCGACCCCUGGACACCUACCUCUAACCUGAAGAUGCUCAUCAGCGCAGCCAGUCCUGAGAUUCGCAACCGCGAGAAAGAGCGAGCCGCAGACAGCGGCGAAUCGGAAAACUCGCAGGAGCCUGAACAAGGGGAAGAAGUAGAAAAGCUACAGAUAAGCCGUAAAGACAAAAGCCUAGGCUUGCUUUGUUACAAAUUUCUCGCAAGGUACCCAGACUACCCCAAUCCUGCCGUAAACAACGACAUCAGCCUCGACGAUGUGGCGGCAGAACUAAGUGUGGAGCGACGCCGCAUUUACGACAUCAUGAACGUCCUGGAGAGCCUAAACAUGGUCAGCCGCCUGGCUAAGAACCGCUACACGUGGCACGGCCGAGUGAAACUCAAGCAGACGCUCGGCGUGCUGAAACGGGCCGGCAGAGACAACCGCUACGACCAGCUGAUGCAGCAGAUCCGGCAAAGGAGCCUAGAGCGAGACGAGAGGGAGAUCGACUUGGACGGAGAGGAGAAGGAGAAUGAAGAGAUGUCCAGUUUCGAUAUGGAUGGAGAUUCUAGUCAAGCGGAGCUUUCAGGAGCGGAUACUAAAGCGGCUUCGGCGAACAGUCGCAAAGACAAAUCUCUGAGAGUGAUGAGUCAGAAGUUCGUGAUGUUGUUUCUAGUGUCCAGCCCUCCUGUGGUCAGUCUCGAAAUGGCUGCCAAGAUCCUCAUCGGUGAAGAUCACGUUGUGGAUCAGGACAAAAACAAGUUCAAAACUAAGAUCCGCAGACUUUAUGACAUUGCGAAUGUUUUGAGCAGCCUAGAGCUGAUAAAGAAAGUGCAUGUGACCGAGGACAGAGGAAGAAAGCCUGCUUUCAAGUGGACCGGGCCAGAACACUUACCACCUCCAAUGGAUCUGGGGACCUCAGCGUUAUCAGCAGCGUCACGGCCUCUGGAGUCUCGUUCCUCCGUUGACAACUGUGCUAAAAAUCUGUUUUCAUCACCUGGAACAAAGCGGGGUUUUACUCGACACCAUUCCUUGGUCAAGCUGGUCAAGAGCAUACAAGAUGACCGCAGAAAAAUCAACUCCGCUCCUUCUAGUCCAAUUAAAAUGACAGGCGAUUCUGCAAACGGCGAGUUCUACACGAACAAAAUGGCUCACCUGGCUGCUAUCUGCAAAAAGCAACUAGAUGAACAAUCGGCGAGCCGAUGUAUUCAGCAUAAGAAUGAGGUGACAGACGCUGUGAAUGGAAGCACUUCACAAGUAUCUGAACUACCUGAAUCCACGUCUGCUAGCAAUCAUCAGUCCCACGGGCCUUUGGGAAUGCAGAUCCCGGUUCUUCCCACAGGGGCCAUUCCUUACAUUUCCACCAAGUGCUCCCCGAUCAUCCCGGUUCUGAUACCCCAGCACCAGGCAGGCGGGUCGUAUGCUGUUUACGUGCACCCCACUUCUCUCAGGCCGCAGCCCACCAGCCUAGCAGUCCGUUCAAUGACAUUCGAGAGCCCGGGAAGUGCAAACACAAAGACAUCGCCUGCUGCAACAGCUAGCGGUAACCAAACCAACCAACCGUCAUUGCAGGUUAAAGAGCCGACGAGUCCCUCAACCCUUAAACGAGCAUGUGGAGAAAAGACCUUAACAGGAAGUCCAUCUAAAUUGCAGCGGAUAGAGCCAAAGAGUGUUUCACCGAAGCUGUGUGAGAUCCUGCAAGCUCGUCUAAAGGCCCACAGAGGGGCACUUACCUCAAACCGGCCUUCCCCGAGAGCCCUACACCUGGAGUUCUCCAAACCCUCUGAGAACCAGCCUCCCUCACUAAUCGCUGGCACAGCGCCUAUGGAGCACAGCGUGGAGACAUUCCUGGAAAAGGAGGAGAAGGUUCAGACCUCGGACAGCGAGGCCGGUCUUACGCCGGUCAGACCACCACAAUCACAGGCCCAGAAGUUUAGCGUUCAGGACACGGUGCUGCCAUCUGGGCCCAUACAUGCGGAGACUUUGAUCCCUGCGGGUUAUUUGAUUCCGAUCUCUCAGCAGUCCAUCGUGAACUUCAGAGAUCCACAGUGCUCCUCUGGAGAAGGCUCCAAAACCUCCACGCCAACAUACAACGUCUUUCACACCCCAACUGCAGGUUCCAGGCUUCCUCAAGAAGUCACCCCCACCCGGCUCCCCCUGCACCGGAUACCAUCCGUCUCUCCCUUCCCUUCUCAAGGGCAUCGCAUCCACAGCCCCAGUCCUGCCAUUCUCAACUUCACCCUGCAGAACCUGGGCCUUAUCCCCGGCUCCAGCACACCCAACUCCACUCCUGAGCCUCCUCACCCGGGGCUCGCUCCGCAGGGCAUGAUCUUCGUGAAGCCCAUCUCACCUGCCCGAGCUCUGCAGCCCGUCACCCUCAUCAGCAUACCUCAGCCUUUAGUGACCACCCCUAAAGGUCCCUGUCAGCACCUCCAGCAGAGUUUCUUUCACACGCCCGUCUCCUUCCCCGCCGUAACCAACAGCACGGCUCCCAAAAACAUCUACAUCCCUCAGAGAAAGCUCGACGUGAGUCCAGAGGACACCUAAGACCUUCACGCCGACAAAAACCACUGUUCUGUUUGAGCCAUUCUGUCUGUCUGUCUGUCUGUCUGUCUGUGUGUGUGUGUGUGUGUGUGUGUGUGUGUGUGUGUGUGUGUGCGUGCGUGCGUGUUUUCACGUUUUCCUCUUUUUACGUAUUUUUACUUUACUGUAGGGUCUGCAUUAACUUCACACGAAUCUGUGGUGCUUGAUGCUUUUUUUACUACUGAGACUCUUCGCAGGACGGCCAAGGGUUUAUUUGCAGAAAUAAAAGCACAUUUCAGGGGUGUUCUUUAUGCUGUAAAUUUAGGGUAAAAAAAAAAAAAAGGUAUGAGCUAAAAUUUUAAGAAAUAUUAACAGGAAAUGUCAUUUCAGGGAUUGUAGGAAUUGCCAAAUUUGUACGAUUUUUUUUUUUUUUUAAGUUGUUGUAAAUGGCGUCGCCUUAAAGUGUUAAAGUACCACAGUAUAUUAAAUUGGGAGGAUGUUAGAUUAAGGGUGUUUUUUAAAUAUUGUAGAUGUAUUUUAUGUUAAUGAAAUCUAGCAAUAUUACUAUCUGCACAUCAUUUAUUCGAAUCGCCUUUGCGAGCUGAUUUCUGUGUAAUAAAGAUAAAUGAAUGUGCCUCGC